AUGAGACUAUCCAUCGAAGUGUUGAGUUUACUUGUGGUGAGCAUCGUUGCUUCAACGGUCAAUGAACCCUGCGUUGGGAAAGAUGGCGGUCCUGGCGUGUGCCUAGAAGAAUCAAAAUGUAAAUCUGCAGGCGGCACAACCAUCACAGGUGCCUGCCCCAAAACACCCGACAACGUCAAAUGCUGCACCAAACCAAGCUGCGACAGCGCCCAACAAGCCCUCGAAGACCUGAGUCAAGACCUCCUCGUCGCCGGGAACUGUCGUUGGCAGAGCGAUUGCAAAGGCACCUCCGUGUCCGGCCAAUGCCCAGGCCCAGCGAGUUUCAAAUGCUGCCAAUCAUCUGAAGACGGCUGCGGUGGCUACGACGGCGGCAACGACAACUACAAAGGGGGCUGCACCGACAUCGCCAUCAAGGGAGCCGAAGCCAUCAAGAAAGCCUGGCCAGGACGAAUUCGUGAAGUGGGAUGUAAGCGCAACGAUCCUGGUUCGGACCACAAUAACGGCACAGCUACGGACAUCCUGGUCUCGGAUGCUCUUGAGCAAGCUACUAUGUGCGGUGAAGAGAUUGCGGAGUGGGUGAUGAGGAAUGCUGAGGAUCUUGAGGUCAAGUAUGUGAUCUGGGGCCAGAAGAUUUGGAAUAGGAAGACUCGCAAUCCGCCAGAUCAGCCGAAGUCAUGGAGUGAGUGGCGAGCGCAGGAGCCAGAUGGGCAGACGGGGAUGAGGGUUCAUCAUUGGUAA